CUUCUAAGUCCAAUACCAAAAUAUUUCCUUUGUUUUUCUCUCUUUUAACUACAACUUCCAAUAAGAGAGAGGAUCGGAGAUAGAACACUAAUGGAGUCCCCAAGCCUACCGAUGACGGCAAAAGACUGGACCACCACCAGUCUCCACCGUGUAUUCGCUAUGCAAGGCGGCGAAGAUGACCUCAGCUACGUCAACAAUUCCGAUAGCCAAGCUUUGGCUAUAACCUUAAGCAAACCAAUCCUUAUCUCAACUCUCGAAUCCAUCAAACUCUUCUCCGACCAAACUUCUCCCAUCAGAAUCACCGACCUCGGCUGCGCCACCGGCUCCAACACGUUUACAACAGUUGAUACGGUGGUUGAGACGUUACAACGGCGAUACACGGCGGUGUACGGUGGUGGUGGCUCGCCGGAGUUUGAGGCUUUCUUUUGUGAUUUGCCUUCUAAUGACUUCAACAUGUUGUUCAAGUUGUUGGCUCAAAAACAGAAAGUUGAUUCGCCCGCGAAAUACUUCGCCGGGGGCGUUGCUGGUUCGUUCUAUGACAGGCUUUUUCCGAGAGUAACGAUUCAUGUCGCUGUUAGCUUAAGUGCCUUGCACUGGCUCUCUCAGAUACCGGAGAAAGUAUUGGAGAAAGGAUCAAGAACGUGGAACAAAGGGAAAACGUGGAUAGAAGGAGCAAAGAAAGAAGUAGUGGAAGCAUACGCAGAGCAAUCAGACAAAGAUUUGGAUGAUUUCAUGAGCUGUCGGAAAGAAGAAAUGGUGAAAGGAGGAGUGUUGUUUGUGUUGAUGGCUGGUCGUCCUUCUGGCUCAAGUAGUCAAUUUGGGGACCAAGAUACUCGAGCCAAACAUCCUUUCACAACUACCAUGGAACAAGCUUGGCAAGAUUUAAUAGAUGAGGGUUUGAUAGAUGAAGAGACAAGAGACGGUUUCAACAUUCCGGCGUACAUGAGAAGUCCGGAGGAAGUGGAGGCCGGAAUUGACCGUUGCGGUGGUUUCAAGAUAGAGAAAAUGGAAUUUAUGAAAAUAGUUGAAUAUUCAGAUGAGAAACAAGAAGAAUGGAAGAAAGAUCCGGUUUCUUACGGACGAGCCAGGACCAAUUUGGUUCAAGCUGCUAUUCGUCCUAUGGUUGAUGCUUAUCUUGGACCAGAACUAUCCCAUGAGCUCUUCAAAAGAUAUGAAAAUCGUAGAGUCAAUGCCUUGAGCUUAAGCUCUGGUCUAAACUGGUUUGUUACCUCUCUGAAAAUCCAUGGAACCAACCUCAAAACAUUAAAGCAAUCUCAUUGUUUCAUGAUCAUAACCGGUUUAAACAGAGACAAUCUCAACGUUGCCAAAUUCAUCGAAGCAUGUUCAAAUGCAGGACAUCUCCGAUAUGCUUACUCUGUAUUUACCCAUCAGCCAUUACCCAGUACUUAUCUCCACAACACCAUGAUUAGAGCUUUGUCUCUCGUCGACGAACCCAAUGCGCACUCGAUUGCGAUCACGGUUUAUAGAAAGUUAUGGGCUUUGUGUUCUAAGCCUGACACGUUUACUUUCCCGUUUGUGUUGAAGAUUGUUGUUCGGGUUUCUGAUGUUUGGUUUGGGAGACAGGUUCAUGGGCAAGCGGUGGUUUUUGGGUUUGAUUCGAAUGUUCAUGUUGUGACAGGUUUGAUUCAGAUGUAUACGUCUUGUAGGGUUUUGAGAGAUGCACGUAAGGUGUUCGACGAAAUGCGUGUGAGGGAUGUGAAUGUUUGGAAUGCGUUAUUAGCAGGGUAUGGUAAAGUGGGUGAGAUGGAUGAAGCUAGGGGUUUGCUGGAGAUGAUGCCUUGUUGGAUACGGAAUGCGGUUUCUUGGACUUGUGUGAUCUCUGGAUAUGCGAAGAGUGGACGAGCUAGCGAAGCUAUUGAAGUGUUUCAGAGAAUGCUGAUGGAGAAUGUUGAGCCUGAUGAAGUUACGCUUUUGGCUGUGCUCUCAGCUUGUGCUGAUCUUGGUUCACUUGAUUUGGGUGAAAGAAUAUGUAGCUACGUUGAUUACCGAGGGAUGAACAGAGCGGUUUCAUUGAACAACGCGGUCAUUGAUAUGUAUGCAAAAGCAGGGAAAAUAACAAAGGCUUUGGAGGUAUUUGAGAGUGUUAAUGAGAAGAAUGUGGUUACUUGGACGACUAUAAUAACUGGGCUAGCUACGCACGGGCACGGAGCUGAAGCCCUAGCGAUGUUUAACCGUAUGGUUAAAGCUGGUGUGAAACCGAACGAUGUUACUUUCAUUGCUAUCCUUUCAGCUUGCAGUCAUGUCGGACGAGCAGGUAAACUCCGAGAAGCGGAAGAAGUUAUUAAAAGCAUGCCCUUUGAGUCUAAUGCUGCAAUAUGGGGAUCUCUUCUUGCUGCUUCAAAUGUUCAUCAUGAUAUUGAUGUUGGAGAAAGAGCUUUAUAUCAGCUGAUUAAGCUAGAACCGAAUAACAGCGGUAACUAUAUGCUUUUAGCUAAUUUAUACUCGAAUUUAGGAAGGUGGGAUGAGUCGAGGAUGAUGAGGAAGAUGAUGAAAGGGAUUGGUGUGAAGAAACUGGCUGGUGAAAGCUCCAUAGAAGUUGAAAACAGAGUAUAUAAAUUCAUCUCAGGGGAUCUUUCGCAUCCUCAAGUCGAAAAGAUUCAUGAACUUCUACAAGAGAUGGAUUUGCAGAUACAAAGCAACAAAGUUUGAGAAAGAAAAGGAUUUGAAUUUUGAUCAGAUUGUGUUGCUUAAGGAUUAACAAUGGCUUCUUUUCUCUGAGACCUGAAACCAGAGGAGCGUAGAGUCAACACGGCUGACUCAGACAGCGGCUAAAGAGAAGCAGAUGGUUAAUUCCGGUUCCAGUCAAGAACAAAACAGGAAUAGAAAUUUGGAAAAUCU